GUCCGGAGAAAAAUUCUAGACUGGCUGAUCCAGGUAAAAUCUCGCUGAGAUUGCAUCAUUAAUCCAGGGAAAGUACAGUGAGUCGGUUGCAGCGGACGUCAGCAAAAAGUGAUGCAAUGGAGCGCGUGCCGGAAACGAUAGAUUUCCCGCAGGAAGAGGAGAAUAUCCUGGCGUAUUGGAAGAAGGAGAAGUGCUUCGAGAAGUGUUUGCAGCAAUCGAAGAAGAAACCGAAGUACACGUUUUACGAUGGGCCCCCAUUUGCCACGGGCCUGCCUCACUACGGGCACAUUCUGGCGGGCACGAUAAAAGACGUGGUGACACGUUAUGCUCACCAGCAGGGCUACCACGUGGACAGGCGCUUCGGGUGGGAUUGCCAUGGACUGCCGAUAGAGUAUGAGAUCGACAAGUUGCUGGGCAUCCGGACGCCAGAGGAUGUGCAGAAGCUGGGCAUCAAGAAGUACAACGAUGAGUGCAGGAAGAUCGUGAUGCGCUUCGCCAACGAAUGGGAGCAGAUCAUCGGACGGAUGGGCAGGUGGAUAGACUUCAAGAAUGACUACAAGACCCUCUAUCCCACGUACAUGGAGAGUCUGUGGUGGGUGUUCAAGCAGCUCUACCAGAAGGGGAUGGUGUACAAGGGAGUGAAGGUGAUGCCCUACUCAACGGCCUGCACAACUCCCCUCUCGAACUUCGAAUCUGGUCAGAACUACAAGGAAGUCGUGGAUCCGGCAGUCACAGUGACUUUCCCGAUUGUCGAUGAUCCCGACAACGCCAUGCUGAUCGGCUGGACCACCACGCCCUGGACACUGCCCUCGAAUCUGUCUCUCUGUGUGCAUCCCGAUCUGGAGUACGUGAAGGUGAAGGAAGUGUCGUCCGGCAAGGUAAUAAUUCUAAUGGAAGCUCGUCUCGAGGCGGUCUUCAAGACCACAAAAUGCUAUGAGAUUCUCGAAAAGUUUCCUGGAAAGAAACUCGUCGGAUUGCGCUACAAGCCGCUCUUUGACUACUUCGAGAAGUGCAAGGAAGUCGCCUUUCGGGUGCUCAUGGACACGUACGUCACUGAGGAGUCUGGCACGGGUGUCGUCCACCAGGCACCAUACUUUGGCGAGGACGAUUACCGUGUUUGCUUGGCGAAUGGUGUGAUAACGCGAGACCAGGAGAUAAUCUGUCCAGUGGACGCCAGCGGGAGAUUCACCGCCGAAGUGAAGGAUUUCGUGGGACAGUAUGUGAAGGAUGCGGACAAGAACAUCAUCGCGUUGCUGAAGAAGAUGGGCAGACUGUACCACGCCAGUCAGACUAAGCACAACUAUCCGUUCUGCUGGCGCUCGGACACUCCCUUGAUCUACAAGGCCGUGCCGUCCUGGUUCAUCCGCGUGGAGCACAUGUCGGAGAGGCUGCUGAAUGCCAGCUCGCACACUUACUGGGUGCCGGACUUCGUGAAGGAGAAGCGCUUCGGCAACUGGCUCAGAAGCGCCCGCGACUGGGCGGUGAGUCGCAAUCGCUACUGGGGCACGCCGAUUCCCAUCUGGCUCAAUGACGAGGGGGAAAUUGUAGUCGUGGGCAGUAUUGAUGAGCUGUAUCAGGAGUCCGGAGUGCGCGUGACUGAUCUCCAUCGUGAAAUUGUGGAUGCCAUUGAGAUACCGUCUAAAAGGCCGGGUGGAAAGCCUCUGAGGCGCAUUGAUGAGGUGUUCGAUUGCUGGUUCGAGUCGGGAUCCAUGCCUUUCGCUCAGCUGCACUAUCCAUUUGAGAAUUCUGAGGACUUCGAUAUGAGAUUCCCAGCUGACUUCAUUGCCGAAGGCAUUGAUCAGACCAGAGGCUGGUUCUACACGCUGCUCGUGAUCUCGACGGCGCUUUUCGACAAAGCGCCCUUCAAGAAUCUUAUCGCCAAUGGACUUGUACUGGCUGCCGAUGGCCAAAAGAUGUCCAAGAGGAAGAAGAACUAUCCGGACCCAAUGGAGGUGGUGCACAAAUACGGUGCCGAUGCUCUGCGACUCUAUCUUAUCAAUUCACCAGUUGUGCGGGCGGAGAAUCUGCGCUUCAAGGAGGAAGGAGUGCGUGACAUUGUGAAGGAUGUCUUUCUGCCGUGGUACAACGCCUUCAGGUUCCUGUACCAGAACAUUGAGCGCCUGAAGAAGGAGGACGGCGUGGAUUUUAUCUACAGCAGCACUCGAAAGGCCGAUAAUGUCAUGGAUAUUUGGAUAAUCUCGUACAAGGAGAGUCUGCUGGACUUCUUGGCGGCGGAGAUGAAGGCCUAUCGGCUGUACACAGUGGUGCCAAGGCUCACGAAGUUCAUUGAUCAGCUCACCAAUUGGUAUGUGAGGCUCAACAGGAGGCGUCUAAAGGGUGAAUUUGGGAAGGAUGAUUGCCUGGUGUCCCUCAACACACUCUAUGACAUCCUUGUGACGAUGGUGAAGAUGAUGGCACCGUUCACGCCCUUCUUGACAGACUUCAUGUACCAGAAGCUGAAGGAGCUGGAUCCCGAAGAGGCGUCUAAUGGAAGUGUUCACUACCAGAUGAUGCCGCAGGCCAAGAAGGCUCGCAUUGAUCCGAAGAUUGAGCGCAGCGUGAGCAGGAUGCAAAGCGUUAUUGAAUUGGGUCGUAUCCUGCGUGAUCGCAAGACCAUCCCAAUGAAGUAUCCGUUGCCGGAAAUUGUUGUGAUCCACCAGAACGAGGAGUUCCUGGAGGACAUCAAGGCUCUUGAGGAGUUCAUCACGAGCGAGUUGAAUGUGCGAAAGAUGAUCUUGAGUAGCGACAGGGAGAAGUAUGGAGUGUCAAUGAAGGCAGAACCGGACUUCAGAGCUCUUGGACAGAGGCUGAAGAUGAACUUUAAGGAGAUCACGCAGGCUAUUCGCACGCUGUCAGAUCAGGAGAUCCAGGAGGGCAUUAAGAGGGAGUAUUUUGAGUUGCUGGGCCAUCGCAUUGAAGUGGAGGAGUUGCGAUUCUUGGUGCAAGUGGCGGAGAAGCACGACAGUGAUCAGAAGUAUGAGGCUCAGACGGAUAACAAUGUGCUCAUCUUGUUGGACACGAAUCCCAGUGCGGAAUUGCAGGAGGAGGGAUUGGCCAGGGAGAUAAUUAAUCGUGUGCAGAAGCUGAAGAAGAAGGCACACUUGGUGCAGACGGAUCAGGUGCACGUUUACUACUCCGUGCUGCGCGAUCCCGAAGGGACAGUGGAGAAGGUGGCCAGAGAGUACAACAAGUUCAUCGAGACGACCAUUAAGAGCAAAUUCCAGGUGGAUGAUCUCAAGGCUUCGAGCCAAUUCCCGGAGAUUAUCAGUGAGACGUCAGACAUCAAGGCGGCUCAGCUGAUGCUGAGAAUUGUGAAUCCCAGUGGCGAAGUGCAGGCGCCCAGUGCCAAGAUUCAGCUCGUGGGCUUUCGACCGCGCUACGGUCGUUGCGACACGGGCGUCAUCUUCCUCCAGAACGGACGUCGAGAGACCAUCUCGCUGGAGAAGCUGAGGGAGGAGAUUGCCAAUCUGUUUGGCAUUUAUGACCUGCCGUUCAAGAUUCGCCUGCAAGGACGCGACCUGGCCGAUCCGCUGGCUGCCAGCGGUAAAAUCAUCAGCAUUGAGAAAUGAAUUUCGACGCCUCUCCGUCUCUUGAUAUAAUUAAUUUAUGUAAUUCGAUGAAAUACACCUUUCCUAUUUGCAUUACAA